AUGCUGAUAGUUCGUGUGUCUGCUGCAGACGCGUCUCCAGGCGUGAAAUACUACCUAAUAGCGUACAACGCGUUCUCCUCCCUCGCAUGGUCAUACGUCCUUAUAACACUUACUCUACACCUCCUCGGCUUCCUUUCUACCUCUUCUGCAACGGGGAAUACAGCAACCCAACGCGUACACUCCGCUUCAGCGCGUCUCUCUUCACUCUUCUCUUCCUCCCUCCUCCCAACAUUCUCGAAAUCUGGAAGUACGAAUGUCAAAUCGAAAGCAUUCUUCUUCUCUGCAAAGUUCUUGCAGCCGUUAGUGAAGAGGAUGAGUAACACGUAUGCGAGUGUAGGGCCUGAGACGACACUUGUGCAGAGUGUUGCGUUGUUGGAGGUGGUUCAUGCGUAUCUUGGAUGGGUGAGGAGUCCUGUGCAGACUACUGCUGCGCAGGUUGCGAGUAGGAUUUUCUUGGUGUGGGGUGUUGUUGAGCGGUAUGAAGCUGCACGCACAUCCCCACUCUACGCAACUAUGGUCCUUGCUUGGUCACUCACCGAAGUCAUCCGCUAUGCAUUCUAUGCUCUCUCGCUACUCUCCAUCGAGCCCUACCCUCUCUUGUGGCUCCGUUAUACAACCUUCCUUGUAUUGUACCCACUUGGCGCAGGCUCGGAGGCCUUCGUCAAUUUCGCAACUCUCCCGCAUGGCUCGCCUAUACCGAGCUUUAAUGCGUGGGCGCGUGGAGCGGUGUGGAUGCCGUAUGAUUAUAUCAGGGGUGUGCUGUUCUUGAUUUGGUGGCCAGGACUAUAUAUCAUGUACACGUACAUGCUUGCCCAGCGGCGCAAGGUGCUUGGAAAGGGUUCUGGUCAGAAACUCGGAAACAAACCAAAGUCACAGUAGAAAUUAUUUGGUUGGUGUUAUCUUCGCUACGAGGCUAUGAUCUCACGCGAGUUUCCGAGUCUCUUCGGUCUUGGAUGCGUUUUUCUCCUCCCAACCUCUCCCCUCCCCCGCCCCUCUGAGUUUAUGUCAUUUGACAUACCUCUUGGUUACUAACUGCUGUUUAUUAUUUACAUAUACC